AUGGCCCCUCCCCUCACGCUGGCGCGCUACUGCAGCAGCAGGAGAAGAUUCCACCUGGUGCCACCCUUGAUGAGCCUGGAUGGCACCAGCCGGCUCGAGCUGAGCUGUGUGCUGCACUGGUUCUCACUGUGGAACGCUGACCAGAAGGAGGCCUUCUCUGACACGCUUCUUGCUCAUUUGGUGCCCCCCAGGGAACCUCCCACUUAUGACCUGUGUAGCCUGCUGAACCAACUGUCCCUGAACCGCCGCCACUACCCGACGCUGCUGCGCUGCCAGCUGUCCCUGUGUAAGCUGUACUUUGCCUCGUGGGGACCCGAGGGCCAGCGAAACUUCCUCCAGAUUCUGGCACAACGCGACGGCCCCUUUGUGGCCCACUUCCUCGGCUCUCUGGCACAGCGAGACCCCCUGCUGGCUCAGGCACUGGCCCCGUGA